CUCUGUGAACUUGAUGACUCUCGCACAUGCUAAGUGAAAGUGUUUAAAAAAUGGAAUUCAGUAUAUUCAGUUUUCUCUUCUUGAUUUUUCUUCCUUGUUGCUUCUCUCGUGGUUAUCCUUCAAUUAUAUCGAAGGAUUUGUCUAGCGACGAUGAUUUACAGUACCGACUACCGAAAACCUCACGACCAUUUCAUUACGAUUUACACAUGAAAAUUGAUGUUGAUGAAGCAAAAUUUUAUGGAUCUGAAGUAAUUCACAUAAAUGUUUUGCAAGGAACGGAUGAAAUAGCCAUUAACUACAAGGAUAUGGAUGUGGAUGAGUUCAGUAUUGGUCUUUUAGAUGCGGAUUUUCUUUCUGUGCCAUUAAUCCAGCAUACCUAUAACAACGUUACUGAAAUUCUACGACUAAGAUUCCCUCAGUUAAUCCCUGGAGAAUAUUCUUUAAGUCUUGACUUCAAUGGAACAAUUAGAGACGAUCUAAAGGGACUGUAUAUCAGCACAUAUUUCGAUCAAGAUGGCAAUAAGCGAAACAUCGCAACAACAUUUAUGGCUCCUAACUAUGCCAGAAUGGCUUUCCCUUGCUACGAUGAACCAGAAUAUAAAGCAACAUACAGUAUCAGCAUCAGCCAUAAGGAAAAUUAUUUCGCAAUAUCAAAUAUGCCUGCCAUAGCAGUUGAUCCGGAUAUAGUAAGCGGAUGGAAGAUCACAACCUUUGACAAAUCCCUAAAAACAUCAACCUACAUAGUAACGUUCAUAGUAUGUGAUUUCGUUGCAAAUAAGGAUCCUGCAAGUAGCUUUACAAUUUACUCUCAACCAGCCGUAAUUGAAGAUACAAAUUUUGCCUUGGAGUACACGCAACAAGUCCUAAAGGAAUUAGAACUUUACCUUGAUCGCAAAUUUCAGUACCCAAAAAUGGAUAUCAUAGCCAUUGACGAUUUCCUUAUGGGAGCAAUGGAAAAUUGGGGUAUCAUAACUUAUUUGAGUAGCCGUGUUCUUGUAAAUGAUAAAACUGAUGAAAAGGCCAAGCAUCAAGUAACUAAAACUAUUGCCCAUGAGUUAGCUCAUCAGUGGUUUGGAAAUGAAGUAACCCACUUCUAUUGGUCAGCGGUAUGGUUAAAAGAAGGCCUUGCAUCGCUCUUUGAAGACAGCAUUAGUGGUAUAAUCUUUCCAGAUUGGCACACUGAUGAUAAGUUCGUCCUUGACACUAUGCUUUUUGUCAUGCAAGACGAUGCCGGUAAGACGGGUGUUCGAAAGAUGUUUCUUGAAGUAGAAACAGUAGAUGAAAUCAGAAAUAUCUACGAUUUUGUAACGUACAAGAAAGCAGCAUCUGUUAUGAGAACUAUGGCGAAUAUUUUAACGGGUCCUACUUUUAAAGAAGGACUAAGGAAGUACAUCAACGACUUUAGCUUCGAUGUUGCGGCACCUGAUGAUUUGUCUGGCAGUUGGCAAUGGGCUAUUGAUCAAAGUACCCCAGGACGUAGUUUGCCUCCAAUUAAAGAGGUAUUCGAUACUUGGAUCACCAAUCCUGGAUUUCCCUUUAUAACAGUUACUAGAAACUAUGACACAUCAAGUGUUACAAUCACGCAGCAACGUUUUAUGGCCACAUUAGAUUACACCGUCAUUCCAAAUACGAAGUACUACAUUCCAUUAAAUUAUGCCUCCCCAUCCCGCAAUAGUGACUUCAAAGAUACUUCCACAAUGGGAUUCCUGAAACACACCGAUGACUCUGCCGAAUUUCCAGUACAGGCACGAAAUGAUGAUUGGGUAAUUUUCAAUGCUAGAUCCACGAUGUACUAUCGGGUUAACUACGAUAUGAAGAAUUGGGAAUUAAUUACGGAUGCUCUUAUUGCGAACCACAGUAAUAUUGAUCCAGCAAAUAGGGCUCAACUCAUUGACGAUGCUUUUAAUUUGGCACGUUACGGCUAUCUGUCGUAUGACAUUCCAUUGAAUAUGAUGAAAAACUAUUUUCCUAAGGAAACAUAUUACUACACCGUAGCAUCAGGAGUUAGAAACUUGGAUUUACUAAAUCGCAACAUAAGGAGUCUUCAAACAAAUAGAUAUUCUGGAUUAGUUUUGGACAUUUUGAGACCUCUUUAUACCCAAAUUGGCAUUACGGAAGAUCCUUCCGACCAUCACCUGCUAAAGAUGUUAAGAACAGACGUAACACUGCUGUACUGCAAAUUCCCCCAAUCUGAAUGUGUUUCUCAUGCUUACAAUUAUUUGGUCAAUAACCUACAGAGGGAUAUUUCAGCAAAUGUUCGUAGAUCAAUUUACUGUGGAGCCCUUCAGUACAAUUGUCGUGAGCAUGGAGACGAAAAUUGUCAGAGUGAUUAUCCAGCCUUUAAAAUGCUAACCGAUAAAUUGUCUAGACUCACAAGAACAGAAGCAACUCGUAGGAUCAAUGAUUUAGAGAUCAAAGACAUAAUUGCCGCAUUUGGAUGUGUUAAGGACACUAAAACCAUAAAUGAUAUCCUAAGAAUGACAACCAUUGGAUAUCCUGGCAUUGAAUUUGACAAAUCAUACUACAAUUUAAUUCUUCAAGCAGUCCUGGACGUUGAGGAAAGUAUUACAAAAGAUGUUCUUGUGUACUUGAGGGACAACUUCAAAAGUAUUGAAAGUCGCUCUGCUGCGCUAACAGGAGUUUUCCAAACAAUCGGAAAAGUUGGUGUUACUGAUGAACACAAAUCUUUGCUGAAUCAAAUAAUUGAAACGCACAUCGAUAUGAAUUCAAUUUCGGACAACUUGAAGAAAUCUAUUGAUACUGCUACUGAUACAAUUGAUGAAAAUCUUGCAUGGAACAAUAAACUUUCAGCUGAAGUUCUCAGUUGGUUGGAAAAAAAUACAACUGGAAGUGCAUCUAAUAGUAAAGUUAAUUUUCUUCUAUUUAUAACUGUUUUAUCAAUAUGCUAUCUAUUCAUGUAAUUCAAUCAAAAGUGUAAAUGGAAUUUAAUAAUAAAAUUUUGUGGCAUAGUA